AUUGUCACCAGGUAAGAGUACGACGUCGUGUAAUAUCUCUCCGGCUAGAUAUGAAUCUGCAUCUUUACAAUCAUAAUAUCUAUGAUAAAGAUCACGAGCACAAGCUGCUAGAUUUGGACCAAGCACAUAUCUGCUCGAUAUAUCGUAUAAAAAACUUCAAUCUUUUUUUAUAUUAUUAUUAUUAUUAUUAUUAUUAUAAAAUAUAUUAGUAUGUAUACAUGUAUAUAACUAAAGAUUUCUCUUUAAUUAGACUAAUUAUUAAAAAUGAUAAAGAACAUAACUUACAAAGCAGAAAUAGGAUCUAACAGACUUGUAUCAAAAUCCAAAAACAAUUUCCCCUUUUUUGUAAAACCUUUAACAGAAUUUCCAUAGGCAACAAAAAUUUUAUCUCUCGCUGUUUCCAUAGAACCUCCAAGAAUCAUUUUAUUAAUUUUUGGUCCAGGUAGAGAUUUGAAUAACGCUUGUAAUUCUCCUUUCUUCAUUCCUAUUUUAGGUAAAGAAUACAAUCUUUUUUUAAAUACAGAUUAUUUAGUGUAAUUAAAAAAAUAAAUGAAUUUGAUUAUUUACCAAAAACUUGUAGUAUACCAUCGUGAUCACCAACAACAAAUUUUUGUGUUUGUUUAGGAUCUGUUGGAGGUAAAAUUCUAGUUGUACCACGAGAAGUAACACCUACAGACACGUAAUCAACACGUGAAAGUGCUAUUGUCAUUUUUACAAUUUUAUUUAACCAUGGAGUACGCAGUUAGUUUUAUACGUCGCUCAGUAUGAAAAUGUAUCUGGGAAUUACUUAAUUGUGAAGAAAAGAAGUUGUUUCUUAUUAUCAAUUAAGGGGAAGUUUAUGUUCUUAUAAAAUGGAGAGUACAUCACAAGUGGGUUUUACAGAUCAUCAUUGGGAACAAAUGGUACAUAAAGCUGUAGCAUAUCAACAAGAUUUUUACGAAUUACUUCCAAGUUGGACCACAUGUAAAAAGGAUGAUAUCAAAUUCAUUAAGCAGAACAUAGGAUAUGCAAUAUUUGGUUCACCACUUUUUGAAAAAACUUCAGAUUCUAAAGAUAUUUUAAAUUUUGAUAUUAAUGAUAUAAGCGAUGAUACGGAGAUAAGUGAAGUUAUUCAUUAUAGUCCUAAAGCCGAACAUCUUAUAAAUAUGAUUUUUGAUAAGAUAUGGAAACAUGGUAGACGACUUAAAGAUGAUGUUAUAAAUUAUGGAAUCGUGUAUAACAUACUUUUUCGUAAUAAAAUAAAUAAACCAUCCAAAAUGAACAGCGAAGAAGAAAUAAUAGCUGUACCUGUAUUUAAAAUACAACACUACAAUGAUGAUUUACAAACGAAAAGCAAUACAAAUAAUGAAAACGUUUAUACUGUUUGGUAUAUAGAUAUUAAGGGUAGAUUAUACAAAAGUUGGGAAAAUUAUAUAUCGAAGAAUAAUUUACCAAAAUGUACAAUGGUCUUUCCAAAAGAUGGUUACUAUCAACCAAAUCCUGAAUAUAAAAUUAUUUCCGAUGACUCUAUUGUAUGGAUUGUCGUUCAAGACUCUUCUAUGUGUUCUAUUCAGGCAAGUAUUUUAUCUAAAGUUAACACUACGAUUAAUAUAGCAGGGAGUGCUGCUACUUUUGGAUUAGGAAUUGCAACAAUCUUCACUCCUGGUUCUCCAUUAAUUGCUUUGGCAGGAAUGGCAGCAAUGGGUGUAACUGGUAUUUGGACAAUUGGGAAAUCUUCUACAGAAUUAUAUGAUAGAGCGGUACAUGAAGAAUCUAUCAGUCCAUUUAAUCGAAACGCUUUGUCUGCUUGGCUUGGUAUAGCUGGAAGUACUGUGGGAAUAGUACUUAGUGGUACUACAGUUCUUUUGAAGAAAGCUGCUACAGCAGGCUUACAAGUCAAUCGAUUAGCUAGGUCAGCGCAUGAUGCUAUGGUAAUAACCAGUAUAUCCAUCAACUUGAUUGGUGUUGGUUAUAAAAGCUUUCAAAUUUUUGAAAAGUUUAAAGAACAAAAAAGAGUUGAUAUUGAGGAUAUUAUUUAUAUCGGAACUCACCUAUUGUUCUUUACGCAUUCUGUGAUAAAUAUAAAAUUUGCUAAACAAAUAAUCGAAUUAACCCAAGGGAAUAUAUUAAACAAGAUUGAAACAGAAUUGCGCAAAGACAAUUUGCAUCAACAUUAUGAGUUCACAAAAAAGAAAACUGAUAUGCGAGUUAAUAAUGAUAAAAUAAUUGAAAAAGAUGCUGCUAUUAUACGAUGGUUUAAAACAAUUACAAUAAAUGACAUGAUGUCUAAUAAUAAUUUGCUUACUAUAUCAAACUGCUUAUUAAGCGUAGAAAAAGGAAAAAUAAAGUUAAAUGGAAUAACGUUAUUAGAUCCAAUAUUAUUUGUGGCCAUGAUAGGAAAAAAUUUGUUAAAGAAGAUCAAUGAUUGCGAAGAUCAAUUAAAUCCAUAUACAGAUCAACAAACAUAUGCAUUAACAAAAUUGCUUGAAAAGUUAUUAUCAGAUUUGUACACAAGCAGAAAUUAUCCAAGCAAUAACCAACCAUGUAUAGUUCCUCAGUUUCGAUCUCUCAUAGAAGAAUUAAAGAAAAUCGAUAAAUCUGAAAAUAUAUUGCCUUUUAUAUUUAAUAUCGCUGUUACCAUAUUACGAAGUAAGAAUCAAUUGGAAUAUUUGGUGGAAGGAUGCCGUUUUGUAUGGGAUUAUAUUAAAAUAAAUUUGAAAGAUGCAGGAUAUCAACUUUCAACUGAGGACAAUUCUGCUAAUAAUAACAAAAUAAUGGAACAUCUUUUUAUAACUAUAUUCGAUGCAGUAGAUUUGAUGAUUCAAGACUUUUUUAAUGCACUUCAGCAAUAUAUAUACAUGAUGCGUAGGACGCAUUAAACGUAAAUAUAUCAAAUUUGCGUAACUAUAAAUAUUUUAUAUUAGAAAAAUAACAGAUAAUAUCCAUUCUUUGUUUCUUCCAAUUUUUUUUCUGUUUUUUUUUUUUUUUUUUUUUUUUUUUAUAUACAUAGUUGCACAAAUUGCUUCCGUUAGAUUAUUGUAUUAUGUUAUCGCUACAAUAAUAUUUCAUAUAUAUUUGCUAAUACAUUUGCGUUAUAUCAUUUUUACUCGUAUAUUCGUAAUUAAUCAAAAACAAAUAAAUUAUUAUUAUUAUUAUUAUGAUUUAUAAUAUUUUACAAAAUCGUACCUUAUAAUUUUUUAAAUCACAGAGUACUCCGGAAGUACGGUAUAAAGAUGAGCUAGACGUCAUCUGCGUUUGGUUUCGAAAUUCAUUCGUAUGUACCGCCCCUUGUAUGUAGUUGCCGCCGUCAUCAAAGGCGGAAAAGACUGAGAAAGAAAUGGCUUAGCCUUCGAACGUCCCUUAAAAUGAUUUCAUGCUAAAUCAAUCAUUCCCUCUCUCUAUCUUUAUCUCUUUCUUUUUCUUCCUCUAAUAGCUAAAGCUUUUUUUAUUUGUCUUGUAUAAAAAAAAAAUUUAACGCGCAUAUUAUUUGUUCAUAAUUUGUUGCUUCUUAUUUAUUUAUUUAUUUUUCUUUUUUAAUUUUAAUAUUACCAUUGGAUAAUGUUUAUAAUU